CUCGGAGGAAGACGCCUGCCUGCCUGCCUGGAUUGCUCAAGGAUCGCCCCCGAGGAUGAAGGCCACCUUUGCAGCCUUGCUGGCCGUCCUCCUGUGUGUGGAGAGAGCGUCAUCACUCACGUGCUUCCAUUGCGACAGUAAGGAGUCCAACUGGAAUUGCCUAAACAUGAAGACGUGUAGUGAAACAGACAAUUACUGCAUCACAAAAUACAUAGGGGGAGGUGUCGGUGAGAACCAUAAACAGUCCAUCAGCAAGGGCUGCUCUCCCAACUGUCCCCAAGCAGGUGUGGAUCUCGGCAUCAUGGCUUUCUCCGUGAAAUGCUGCAACACCCACUUGUGCAACGUGAGCGGGGCCAUGGGUGUGAAGAGCAGCUUCACCGUGCUGGCUGUGGGCACCCUAGCCAGCCUCUUAUAUAUCUUUGGCGCCAAACUGUGAGGAGGACUUGAGGCGCUGACGCAGGCUCCUCCUGUAGAGAGAAGCCCAACAUCUUUCCUGUGCAAAGCUGCAUGUUCAGGCAGUUGAGAGCCUGCUUCCAAUCACAUCUCUGGGCCUUUGUACCUCUCAGGACUCUGAAGCGAUGUUUGCAACCAGUACGCAGCCCGGCUGGGAAAGCCUCCCCCACCCCACCCUGUAAAUUCACCUGCAUGUAGGCUGCGUUCAGCCUCUUGCCAGAAAUUGCAUGCUGUGGUGCUUGCUUUUAAGUAAAACUACUUGUUGGUAAGCACUUAAGCUUGCUUAUUUCCUAAGGAGGCACUCCCACCCUGUGUUCCAUUCAAAACCGAUCCUGGUCUUCAUAUCAGUCUCAGUGGGUGGAAUGUUGCAAUGAAAUAAAUUCCUCUUUAAGGAGGUACCGGCUCACCUGCCACAAAAGCCACAACUGGGUCCCAAACCAGAGUCAUCACUGGGGACAAGGUACAAACCGCACCAGAAAACCCCUGGGAAACCAUCUAGAGAGAAGGGUAAGCAUUUUUGUGGUGCAAUGCUGCCCUCUUGAGGCAGUGUUCAUAUACGCAACCCUUCCUUUUUUUGCUAGUCUAAAGUAUUCCUAAUCCCUCUUUUGAACAAUUCCAGAACUGUUUUUCAAAAGGCCAAGUGUAGGAACUCAGCACAAGGAAUAAGGCUGCGAUCCUAUGCAUCCUUCCUGGGAGAAAGCACCUUUGAACAUAAUGGGACUUCUGAUUAGGGAAGCACAGGAAAGCCCUAUAAAUGACCCCAAUUAUUCAAACAAUUGUUUGGAACCUGUUAUUUACCUUCCUCCCUUUCAGUAAAGUGUACAUUUUUUUCACUGAAUUAUUUCUGACCUUUAAUAAAACCCCAGUCCUAAUAA